ACAGAGCCCUGGACAGCCUCUGGACAUUAGUCCCAGCACAGCCCAUCCCCCAUGCUGAUGUCACCACACCCAGACCUUGGAGGCCCCCUCCGGCUCCGCCUCCUGGGAGAAGGCUCUGGAGUGAGAAAGGAGGGUGGCAGUGCUGGCUGGACAGCCUCCCUGGGCAGAGAGAGAAGGGCGAAGAGAGACCAGAGAGAGUCGGAAAGACCCAGAGUGACACCCACAGCGGGCCUCGGAGUAAGACAGGCAGGGCAGCGUGUCUGCAGGCCAGUUACGUUUGUGCCCUGCUUCCUGAGUCCUCUGUGCCUGUGGCAGCAGCACCCAAGCCGGUGGGGUGCUGAGAGUGUGCUUCUGGGACCCAGAACCAUCUCUGGCUGGCGGCAGCGGGAGCACUGACAGACUAUGGUGAUUCUCCAGCAGGGGGACUAUGUGUGGAUGGACCUGAGAUCCGGGCAGGAGUUUGACGUGCCCAUCGGGGCGGUGGUGAAGCUCUGUGACUCUGGGCAGAUCCAGGUGGUGGACGAUGAAGGCAACGAACACUGGAUCUCCCCGCAGAACGCCACACACAUCAAGCCCAUGCAUCCCACCUCAGUCCACGGUGUGGAGGACAUGAUCCGUCUGGGAGACCUCAACGAGGCGGGUAUCCUGCGCAACCUGCUCAUCCGCUACAGGGACCACCUCAUCUACACGUACACGGGCUCCAUCCUGGUGGCUGUGAACCCCUACCAGCUGCUCUCCAUCUACUCUCCAGAGCACAUCCGCCAGUACACCAACAAGAAGAUUGGGGAGAUGCCCCCCCACAUCUUUGCCAUCGCUGACAAUUGCUACUUCAGCAUGAAGCGCAACAGUCGUGACCAGUGCUGCAUCAUCAGCGGGGAGUCUGGCGCAGGGAAGACAGAGAGCACGAAGCUGAUCCUGCAGUUCCUGGCAGCCAUCAGUGGGCAGCACUCCUGGAUCGAGCAGCAGGUCCUGGAGGCCACCCCCAUCUUGGAAGCAUUUGGGAACGCCAAGACCAUCCGCAACGACAACUCGAGCCGCUUCGGGAAGUACAUCGACAUCCACUUCAACACUCGGGGCGCCAUCGAGGGCGCCAAGAUCGAGCAGUACCUGCUGGAGAAGUCGCGUGUCUGUCGCCAGGCCCCGGAUGAGAGGAACUACCACGUGUUCUACUGCAUGCUGGCCGGCAUGAGCCAGGAGCAGAAGAAGAAGCUGGGCCUGGGCCGGGCCACUGACUACAACUACCUGGCCAUGGGUAACUGCAUAACCUGUGAGGGCCGGGUGGACAGCCAGGAGUACGCCAACAUCCGUUCCGCCAUGAAGGUGCUCAUGUUCACCGACACGGAGAACUGGGAGAUCUCCAAGCUCCUGGCUGCCAUCCUGCACCUGGGCAACCUGCAAUACGAGGCCCGCACAUUUGAAAACCUGGACGCCUGUGAGGUCCUCUUCUCCCCAUCGCUGACCACAGCUGCUUCACUGCUCGAGGUGAACCCUCCAAACCUAAUGGGCUGCCUGACAAGCCGCACCCUCAUCACCCGUGGGGAGACCGUGUCCACCCCGCUCAGCAUGGAGCAGGCGCUGGAUGUGCGAGACGCCUUUGUCAAGGGCAUCUAUGGACGGCUCUUUGUGUGGAUCGUGGACAAGAUCAACGUGGCGAUUUAUAAGCCUCCCUCCCAGGAAGUGAAGAACUCCCGCCGGUCCAUCGGCCUCCUCGACAUCUUUGGGUUUGAGAACUUUACUGUGAACAGCUUCGAGCAACUGUGCAUCAACUUUGCCAAUGAGCACCUGCAGCAGUUCUUCGUGCGGCACGUGUUCAAGCUGGAGCAGGAGGAGUAUGACCUGGAGAGCAUCGACUGGCUGCACAUCGAGUUCACCGACAACCAGGAAGCCCUGGACAUGAUCGCCAACAAGCCCAUGAACAUCAUCUCCCUCAUCGAUGAAGAGAGCAAGUUCCCCAAGGGCACGGACACCACCAUGCUGUACAAGCUGAACUCACAGCACAAGCUCAACACCAACUACGUGCCCCCCAAGAACAACCACGAGACCCAGUUUGGCAUCAAUCACUUUGCAGGCAUAGUCUACUACGAAACCCAAGGCUUCCUGGAAAAGAACCGGGACACCUUGCAUGGGGACAUCAUCCAGCUAGUCCACUCUUCACGGAACAAGUUCAUCAAGCAGAUCUUCCAGGCUGACGUUGCCAUGUUUCUCUGUGGGUACUCCUCCGGCUCUCUCCGCCAGGCAGCGGCUUCCACCAAGGGCGCCGAGACCAGGAAGCGCUCGCCCACACUCAGCAGCCAGUUCAAGCGGUCGCUGGAGCUGCUGAUGCGCACGCUGGGGGCCUGCCAGCCCUUCUUCGUGCGCUGCAUCAAGCCCAACGAGUUCAAGAAGCCCAUGCUGUUCGACCGGCACCUGUGUGUGCGCCAGCUGAGGUACUCGGGCAUGAUGGAGACCAUCCGAAUCCGCCGCGCCGGCUACCCCAUCCGCUACAGCUUUGUGGAGUUCGUGGAGCGGUACCGCAUGCUGCUGCCUGGCGUGAAGCCAGCCUACAAGCAGGGCGACCUCCGAGGGACAUGCCAACGCAUAGCUGAGGCUGUGCUGGGCACCCAUGACGACUGGCAGAUUGGCAAAACCAAGAUCUUUCUGAAGGAUCACCAUGACAUGCUGCUGGAGGUGGAGCGGGAUAAGGCCAUCACUGACAGAGUCAUCCUCCUCCAGAAGAUCAUCCGGGGGUUCAAAGACAGGUCCAACUUCCUGAAGCUGAAGAAUUCUGCCACACUGAUCCAGAAGCAUUGGCGGGGAUACACCUGCAGGAGGAACUUCGAGUUGAUGCGCCUGGGCUUCCUGCGGCUGCAGGCCCUGCACCGCUCCCGGAAGUUGCACCAGCAGUACUGCCUGGCCCGCCAGCGCAUCAUCCAGUUCCAGGCCCGCUGCCGUGCCUACCUGGUGCGCAAGGCCUUCCGCCACCGCCUCUGGGCGGUGCUCACCGUGCAGGCCUACGCCAGGGGCAUGAUCGCCCGCAGGCUGCACCGGCGCCUCCGGGCAGAGUACCUGAGGCGCCUAGAGGCAGAGAAAAUGAGGCUGGCGGAGGAGGAGAAGCUCCGGAAAGAGAUGAGUGCCAAGAAGGCUAAGGAGGAGGCAGAGCGCAAGCAUCAGGAACGCCUGGCCCAGCUGGCUCGUGAGGACGCAGAGCGCGAGCUGAAGGAGAAGGAGGCCGCUCGGCAGAAGAAGGAGCUGCUAGAGCAGAUGGAGAAGGCCCGCCACGAGCCCAUCAAUCACUCUGACAUGGUGGACAAGAUGUUUGGCUUCCUGGGGACUUCGGGUGGCCUGCCAGGCCAGGAGGGCCAGGCACCUAGUGGCUUUGAGGACCUGGAGCAAGGGCGGACGGAGAUGGUGGAGGAGGACGUGGACGCGGCCCUGCCCCUGCCUGACGAGGACGAGGAGGACCUCUCUGAGUACAAAUUCGCAAAGUUUGCUGCCACCUACUUCCAGGGCACAACCACACAUUCCUACACCCGGCGGCCACUCAAACAGCCGCUGCUCUACCACGAUGAUGAGGGCGACCAGCUGGCGGCUCUGGCAGUCUGGAUCACCAUCCUGAGGUUCAUGGGGGACCUCCCAGAGCCCAAGUACCACACAGCCAUGAGUGACGGCAGCGAGAAGAUCCCUGUGAUGACCAAGAUUUAUGAGACUCUGGGCAAGAAGACAUACAAGAGGGAGCUGCAGGCCCUGCAGGGCGAGAGUGAGUUGGUCCUGCAGGCCCAACUCCCUGAGGGGCAGAAGAAGAGCAGUGUGAGGCAUAAACUGGUGCACUUGACCCUGAAGAAGAAGUCCAAACUCACAGAGGAGGUGACGAAGAGGCUGCAUGAUGGGGAGUCCACGGUGCAGGGCAACAGCAUGCUGGAGGACCGGCCCACCUCCAACCUGGAGAAGCUGCACUUCAUUAUCGGCAACGGCAUCCUGCGGCCAGCACUGCGGGAUGAGAUCUACUGCCAGAUCAGUAAGCAGCUCACCCACAACCCCUCCAAGAGCAGCUACGCCCGGGGCUGGAUCCUCGUGUCUCUCUGCGUGGGCUGCUUCGCCCCCUCUGAGAAGUUUGUUAAGUACCUGCGGAACUUCAUCCAUGGGGGACCGCCUGGCUAUGCCCCAUACUGUGAGGAGCGCCUGAGGAGGACCUUUGUCAAUGGGACUCGGACGCAGCCACCCAGCUGGCUGGAGCUGCAGGCCACUAAGUCCAAGAAGCCCAUCAUGUUACCUGUGACAUUCAUGGAUGGGACCACCAAGACCCUUCUGACGGACUCAGCAACCACAGCCAAGGAGCUAUGCAAUGCGUUGGCCGACAAGAUCUCGCUCAAGGACCGCUUUGGGUUCUCCCUGUACAUCGCCCUGUUUGAUAAGGUGUCCUCCCUGGGCAGUGGCAGUGACCAUGUCAUGGACGCCAUCUCUCAGUGUGAGCAGUAUGCCAAGGAGCAGGGUGCCCAGGAGCGCAAUGCCCCCUGGAGGCUCUUCUUCCGAAAAGAGGUCUUCACACCCUGGCACAACCCCUCAGAAGACAACGUGGCCACCAACCUCAUCUACCAGCAGGUGGUGCGCGGGGUCAAGUUUGGGGAGUACAGGUGUGAGAAGGAGGAUGACCUGGCGGAGCUGGCCUCCCAGCAGUACUUUGUGGACUAUGGCUCUGAGAUGAUCCUGGAGCGUCUGCUGAACCUUGUCCCCACCUACAUCCCGGACCGCGAGAUCACACCCCUGAAGACACUUGAGAAGUGGGCCCAGCUGGCCAUUGCUGCCCACAAGAAGGGGAUUUAUGCCCAAAGGAGAACGGAUGCCCAGAAGGUCAAAGAGGAUGUGGUCAAUUAUGCCCGCUUCAAGUGGCCCUUGCUAUUCUCCAGGUUUUAUGAAGCCUAUAAGUUCUCAGGUCCCAAUCUCCCUAAGAAUGAUGUCAUUGUGGCUGUCAACUGGACAGGCAUCUAUUUUGUGGAUGAGCAGGAGCAGGUGCUUCUGGAGCUGUCCUUCCCAGAGAUCAUGGCUGUGUCCAGCAGCAGGGGAGCAAAACUGACGGCCCCCAGCUUCACACUGGCCACCAUCAAGGGGGAUGAGUACACCUUCACAUCCAACAACGCCGAGGACAUCCGUGACCUGGUGGUCACCUUCCUGGAGGGGCUCCGGAAGAGGUCUAAGUACGUGGUGGCCUUGCAGGACAACCCCAACCCUGCGGGUGAGGAGUCAGGCUUCCUCAGCUUCGCCAAGGGAGACCUCAUCAUCCUGGACCAUGACACCGGUGAGCAGGUCAUGAACUCAGGCUGGGCCAACGGCAUCAACGAGAGGACCAAGCAGCAUGGGGACUUCCCAACCGACUGUGUGUAUGUCAUGCCCACUGUCACCAUGCCGCCACAGGAGAUCGUGGCCCUGGUCACCAUGACCCCUGACCAGAGGCAGGACGUCAUCCGGCUCUUGCAGCUGCGAACUGCAGAGCCCGAGGUGCGCGCCAAGCCCUACACGCUGGAGGAGUUCUCCUACGACUACUUUAGGUCCCCACCCAAGCACACGCUGAGCCGUGUCAUGGUGUCCAAGGCCCGAGGCAAGGAUCGGCUGUGGAGCCACACACGGGAGCCACUCAAGCAGGCCCUGCUCAAGAAGAUCCUGGGUAGCGAGGAGCUCUCGCAGGAGGCCUGCAUGGCCUUCAUCGCUGUUCUCAAGUACAUGGGUGACUACCCAUCCAAGAGGAUGCGCUCUGUCAACGAGCUCACAGACCAGAUCUUUGAGGGGGCCCUGAAGGCUGAGCCCCUCAAGGAUGAGGCAUACGUGCAGAUCCUGAAGCAGCUGACGGACAACCACAUCAGGUACAGCGAGGAGCGAGGCUGGGAGCUGCUCUGGCUCUGCACCGGCCUCUUCCCACCUAGCAACAUCCUCCUGCCCCACGUCCAGCGCUUCCUGCAGUCCCGCAAGCACUGCCCGCUCGCCAUCGACUGCCUGCAGCGGCUCCAGAAAGCGCUGAGAAAUGGGUCCCGGAAGUACCCUCCGCACCUGGUGGAGGUGGAGGCCAUCCAGCACAAAACCACCCAGAUUUUCCACAAGGUCUACUUCCCUGAUGACACUGAUGAGGCCUUUGAGGUGGAGUCGAGCACCAAGGCCAAGGACUUCUGCCAGAACAUCGCCGCUCGGCUGCUCCUCAAGUCCUCCGAGGGAUUCAGCCUCUUUGUCAAAAUUGCAGACAAGGUCAUCAGCGUCCCAGAGAAUGACUUCUUCUUUGACUUUGUGCGACACCUGACAGACUGGAUAAAGAAAGCACGGCCCAUCAAGGAUGGGGUCGUGCCCUCGCUCACCUACCAGGUGUUCUUCAUGAAGAAGCUGUGGACCACCACGGUGCCGGGCAAGGACCCCAUGGCUGAUUCCAUCUUCCACUAUUACCAGGAGCUACCCAAGUAUCUCCGAGGCUACCACAAGUGCACACGGGAGGAGGUGCUGCAGUUGGGGGCACUGAUCUACAGGGUCAAGUUUGAGGAGGACAAGUCCUACUUCCCUAGUAUCCCCAAGCUGCUGAGAGAGUUGGUGCCCCAGGACCUCAUCCGGCAGAUCUCGCCUGAUGACUGGAAGCGGUCCAUCGUCGCCUACUUCAACAAACACGCAGGGAAAUCCAAGGAGGAGGCCAAGCUGGCCUUCCUGAGGCUCAUCUUCAAGUGGCCCACCUUUGGCUCCGCCUUCUUUGAGGUGAAGCAAACUACAGAGCCAAACUUCCCUGAGAUCCUCUUAAUUGCUAUCAACAAGUAUGGGGUCAGCCUCAUUGAUCCCAGAACCAAGGACAUCUUGACUACUCACCCUUUCACCAAGAUCUCUAACUGGAGCAGCGGCAACACCUACUUCCACAUCACCAUUGGGAACCUGGUGCGCGGAAGCAAACUGCUCUGUGAGACGUCACUGGGCUACAAGAUGGAUGACCUCCUUACUUCCUACAUCAGCCAGAUGCUCACAGCCAUGAGCAAGCAGCGGGGCUCCAGGAGUGGCAAGUAAACAGUGGAAGGAGGUGCUGGCUCUGUGCCUGCUCUCCAAGGAGCAGCUGGCUCAGGCCCAUCCAUUACUCCUGAAGCUGGGAGGACCUUUGCCAUCCAGGCAUGGAGGCUGGGCUGGCCAUCUACCGCAAACCACACCAAUUGGGGCUCUGAACUAUCUCCCAGUGAGGUCAACUUCCCUCCACCUGUGCAUGGCGCCUGUGUUAGCUCUCAUCCUAGCUUGCUGUGGUCUUCCCAGUGCAAGAACCUGUGCUCCUUCAGUUCCUCUCCUGUCUCAGACUGGAUCUAUCACGUGACCCCCUUUGACUUUCUGUGUACUGUGGGGGCAGAGGAAUUGAGAGCUCUCCAUACUGGGAACAACCAAAUCAAGGCAUUGAAUAGGAUACUCUGAAACUCAAGGGACUAGGUCACUUCCCCUACGUGCAGCAUCCUUGGCUGGGGUGAGGAACAUGGACAACUUUUGCAUAUUCCAAUGUUGAGUGCCGAGUCCUGCUAAAGUCUCCCUGAUCAUCUCAGGGCAUAAAAGUACAUGUUUUGUCCUCUGGUCCUACAGUGUCUUUGCUAGGGGAGGGGCAGAGAUCUACAAAAAAAGUGUGCUACUUCCUUGGUCUGUGGCUGCCUGGCCAAGCUGCUCUGGGUUUGAUUUUGGAGUGCUUUAGUUCAAGGUAUGCUUGAAAGUGUCUUAAAUGGAUCAGAUGGCACCACAGUGGGUUGGAGGAAAGUGCUGGACAUCAAGUCUGAGAUGUGGGGACUUCAUUGUGCGUGGGCUGGGAGAUUAGAGGAGGAACCGUCUUCUGGGUCUUAACUAGGACCAGGGGAACCAGAAUGGUCCUUGCACCCUGCCAGACAAUUCUCUUUGGCUCAUCAAGCCAUAUCAAGAACCCCCCAAACAAUGCUUAUGUCCAGUGGGUGUUUGCAAAAUGUUGCUUUGCAUCCAGGAUGAGACAACCAAUUUUGGGCAUGACUGGGGUAGGUCUGGAGAUAGGAGCUUCAGGCAGAGGUGAUUCGGGAAUGGGGAAUCUCCUGGGUUAUAGCUGGGUUGAGUGCUUAGAGACACAUCAGUGUGAGAUAGGAGUGUUUGUGAUUUGCCCUCAAGUUAGAGCUAGGUCCUGCUUUCCCUCACACAUUCAAGUGUCUGGGUCAUCCACACCUAUGUGCCCAACCACCCUCCAGGAAGUGCUAUUCCUGAUCUCCCCAGCUGACAUUACCCCUGGGGGACACUGGUGAUUUUAUAUCCCUCUUAGGGGACACUGGUGGUUUGGCAAGCCCUGGCAGAAUAAUAUCCUCCUUGAGGAAUAUUUGUGGUUUGACACUGGCAUCAUUCUUGGAGGGCAUGGAUGGUUUUUUGGUAAACCCUGGUUAGGUUUUUUUGAGGACCUCCUCUUUGAGGACUGUUAUAAAAUGGAAUGAGUUUAGGUAUCUGACGUUUCUUUUGAUUCAAGCUGGCUAGUAGAUGGUCAGAGUUCAAGAGUUUUCCAUGACUAUUUUUCUAUUGUAGAAACUGUUUUCUGAAUGUCUGUGGAGGUUAGAAAAGACAGAUUCCUCAAGUGUCAAUUGCCCAGUUCUUGUUUGCUCUAUGUGAACUUGCUAAAUGUUAAAACAGCCUCCACCUCCAGACUCAGCUUGUUCUCUACUCUUCCACUCCCAAGCUUUUAUGCAAGCUUAGAGAUGGUCCUCCAGUUUUGUGUGGGGCAAAAAAGUUUGUGUGAGGCUAAAUUUAACCAAGGAAACUCUUAGAAGAGAGGGACUAACACUAGCUUCCAGGUUAUGCAUUUUACAAUAUAAGAUGAUUUGCUUCCAAUAUGGAAUUAAGUUAGAAAUUGAUAACAAAGAUAUCUGAAAAAGUUGGGGCUGAGAGUGUAGCUUAGUGGUAAGAUUAUGGAUUUAUUUAGCAUGUGUGAGACUCUGGGUUUCAAUCCUAAUGCCUUAAAUUUCCCAAAAAAGAUAUCUGGAAAAUCCCCUAAUUUUUGGAAACUAACAUACUUUUUUAAAAACAUAUUUUUUAAUUGACAGUAAUUGUACCUACUUAUGGGGUUCUAUGUGACCUCUUAACACAUUACAUUGUGUAAUAAGCAGAUCAGUUGACAUAUCUAUUACCUCAGACAUUUUUCAUUUCUUUUGGCUGAGAAUGUUCAAAUUCCUUUCUAAUAACUACUUGGAAAUAUUUAAUUAAUUGUCAACUUCUAUUUAUCCUAAUGUCCUCCUAUCCAGCUCCACCCCUAUACUGGCUAACCAUUAUGCUCUUUCCAUCCCUCCUUCCCCUACAUCCUUCCCAGGCUCUGUAAACACUAUUAUAUCCUCUACUUUUAUGAAAUUAACUUUUUAGCUUUACACAUAUAAAUGAGAACUUAGGGUAUUUGUCUUUCUUUGCUUAACUUAUUUCACUUAAAAUCCUUUAGAUCCACUCAUUGUUGCUGCACAGAAUUCAUUCUUGUCAACAGAAUUUCAUUCUUUAUAGCUGAAUAACAUUCCAUGGUAUAUGUAUACCACAUUUUCUUUAUCCAUUCAUCCACUGAUGAAUACCUAGGUUGAUUCCUUAUCUUGGAUUUUGUGAAUAGUGCUACCAUAAACAUGAGUGCAGAUGCCUCUUUAUUACUACGGGACAUGUGGAUCAUGUGGUAGAUCUACUUCUAAUUUUUUGAAGCAUUUCCAUAUUGUUUCCCAUAAAUGGCAAUACUAAUUUAUUUUUCCACCAACAGUGUCUGAGAAUUUCCCUUUGCAUCCUCGCCAGCAUUUGUUAUUUGUCUUUUUGAAAAUAGCUAUUCUAACCGGGGUGACAUAAUCUCUCAUGGUUUUGAUUUGCCUUUCCCUGAUGAUUAGUGAUGCUGAACACUAAAAAAAUUUUAUAUUUUAUAUGGACAUUGUGAUUCUCUUUUGAGAAAUGCUUAUUCAGGUAAUUCACUCAUUUUUAAAUUAAAUUAUUUGUGUUUUACUA